UUGAGCCCAGGACGCCCUCUCUGGGCACCACUUUCUCUGGUCCCACUUUAGACUUUGAAGCCCUGCAUUUUCUUUCUCCCACCCCCUUUUGGAUAGAAAUACCUUGCUGUUAAAGAGAAGGAAUCAUAUCUCUCAAGCGGCCGUCAUGAUGCUGGCAGCCUUUGUCCUGGUGCUCAGCGCCCUGGGUGUCACCGGCUCAGCCUCUGCAGGAUUCAGGUCCAUCGCCGAAGCAGAAGACGCUCUGCUCAGACAUUUAUUCCAAAGUUACCAGAAAUGGGUGCGCCCUGUCUUACACUCUAACGACACCAUAAAAGUAUAUUUUGGAUUGAAAAUAUCUCAGCUCGUGGAUGUGGAUGAGAAGAAUCAGCUGAUGACAACAAACGUGUGGCUCAAACAGGAAUGGACCGACCACAAAUUACGCUGGAAUCCAGAUGAAUAUGGUGGAAUUCACUCGAUUAAAGUUCCUUCUGAAUCUCUCUGGCUUCCUGACAUAGUCCUCUUUGAAAAUGCUGAUGGACGGUUCGAAGGCUCGCUCAUGACCAAGGCCAUCGUGAAAUCCAACGGGACAGUGGUGUGGACGCCUCCCGCCAGUUACAAAAGCUCCUGCACCAUGGACGUCACCUUCUUCCCCUUUGACAGGCAGAACUGCUCCAUGAAGUUCGGAUCCUGGACCUACGACGGGACCAUGGUGGACCUCGUCCUGGUGGACGAGAACGUGGACAGGAAGGACUUCUUCGACAACGGGGAGUGGGAAAUACUCAACGCCAAGGGCAGGGCGGGAAGCAGAAGAGAGGGCGUGCGCCGGUACCCAUUCGUCACCUACGCCUUCGUGCUGCGCCGCCUGCCCCUCUUCUACACGCUCUUCCUGAUAAUCCCCUGCCUGGGGCUGUCCUUCCUCACGGUGCUCGUCUUCUACUUACCUUCCGACGAGGGGGAGAAGCUCUCCUUAUCCACCUCCGUCCUGGUUUCCCUGACAGUUUUUCUCCUGGUGAUUGAAGAAAUCAUCCCAUCUUCCUCCAAGGUCAUCCCGCUCAUUGGCGAGUACCUCCUGUUCAUUAUGAUCUUCGUUACGCUGUCCAUCAUCGUCACGGUGUUUGUCAUUAACGUUCACCACCGAUCCUCCUCCACUUACCACCCUAUGGCCCCCUGGGUAAAGAGGCUCUUCCUGCAGAAACUCCCUAAACUGCUUUGCAUGAAGGACCACAGGGAUCGCUACUCUUUCCCAGAUAAAGAGGACAGCCAGCCGGCAAUGAGAGGGAAAGCCCUAGAAAAAAAGAAACUGAGGCACAUGAGUGAAGGAGAAAAAGUUCUGGUUGCUUUCCUGGAAAAGGCUGCGGAUUCCAUUAGGUAUAUCUCCAGCCAUGUGAGGAAGGAGCAUUUCAUCAGCCAGGUGGUGCAAGACUGGAAGUUCGCAGCUCAAGUUCUCGACCGGAUCUUCCUGUGGCUCUUUCUGAUUGCAUCCAUCACAGGCUCGGUUCUGAUUUUCACCCCUGCUUUGAAGAUGUGGCUACACAGUUACCAUUAGAAGCAAGUCUCCAGAGCAAUCUGCACCCCACAUAUAAUGACAAUCACACCUUAGAUCUAAUCACACCGCUCCCACUAGUACACAGCAUCCAAACACACAUGCUUCCCAGGAGGUCCGGAACAUGGAUAGUGUCCUGUGUUGGCUUCAGGGAAAUUGAACCUUGGGCAUCUGCCCACAGUAAAUUGGUGUUGCCAGGAGAGUGAGUUGGGUUUGGAUCAAGUAGAGCCUCCUAAGACCCCUGCCUUGGCUUCUGCAGACAUUCAGGGAGGAAUCCUGUGUCCAGGCCCGAGGUCAUGAGCCAGGACACACUAGGCCCAUUGCAGUGGCACCAAGAACUCCAAGAGGUGACAUGGGCAGACCUGGGUCCUUCUGCUGGUGUCCCUGGUGGUUUUGCCUGGCUGCCCGCGGGCGCUGUGUAUCCUUCUUCUGUAGCAAUGUUCUGAGCUG